AUGGCUAGUUUUAGGUAUACCUCGCCCGUCAAGUGCGAUGUGGACGUGAACACCAGCAUGGUCAAAGACAAGACUGCCAUUGUCACUGGUGGUACCUUUUCCUGUGACUUCCGACUCCAAGGGCCAAGGCUGAUAUAUUCAGGUGCGAACGGACUUGGUGAGGCAUAUGUCCGUGCUCUCCUUGCAGCAGGUGCAACGGUGGUGAUCGCCGAUCGUGACGUUGAAAGAGGAAGAAGACUUGAAGAAGAGUUCAAAAAAGCAAAAUUCGUGAACUGCGAUACUUCGAACUGGGAUGACCAAGUCCGCCUGUUUCGAGACGCAGUGUCGUUCUCCCAGUCUGGUAAAAUCCACUUUGUAGUCGCAAAUGCUGGGAUUCAUCGCAAGGACGAAGUUUUUUCCUAUGUCGGAGACGGAAACGAGCCCAAAAAGCCGGAUCUCACCACUAUCGAUGUCAAUCUCAUCGGGACAUUAUAUACCUCGAAGCUCGCAUCGCAUUACUUCAUCAAACAGAAUGGUCAAAAACCAUCUCCGUCACAAGAAGACACAUGCUUGAUCUUGAUCGGAUCCGGUGCUGCCUUCUUGGACUGUCCCCGGGCACCCCAGUAUUGCGCCACAAAAUGGGCGAUGCGAGGCAUCAUGCAUUCAUUGCGGGGAACGACUUUCUAUUACAGAAGCCGCGUGAAUAUCAUAUCGCCCUGGUAUGUUAAAACGAAUAUUCUCUCCGAAGAGGCCUUUGCACACGUCAAAAGGGUCGGGGUGGAUUUCGCGGAGGCUUCUGAUGCGGCCCAGUGCCUCCUGAGAAUCCUCAAUGACAGCACUGUUAAUGGUCGCUCUUUUUUUGUUUCGGGCAGAAAAUGGUCAUCAAGAGGAUAUAUGGAUCUGGACAUUGAGGAUUACCCGGAAGACUCUUUGAUUGAGAGCAUUCAGAAAGACCAAGUUAAGUCGGCACCUGUCGAAAUGGGGCUUUUCAUCUAA